AUGGUGGCUGGUAAAAGCAAAGCGGAUCCCCUUGUUAACAGUCAGUCACAGGAGAGACAGAGGAUGGACAUGAAACAGAUUCUCAUCAUUGGACUUUUUCUGGUGCCGGCGUGGAUGCACCAGUGCUAUGAUGAGGACAAGCUGCGUGACGCAGCAGAGAGGAAGCUGAGGAGGCGCUUCCCGCAGCCUGUGGAACCCGUAACUACGGCGGCCCCGGACUCCCCCGCCUCCUGCCCCCUGGAGCUCUACCGGCACCAGACGCCUAAGGACCUCCACGAGAGGUCCCUGUCCCCCUGGAGAUAUGUACGUAAGACAAUGGAGGAUCACUUUCCCUCCACCUACACCGAGGCUCAGUGCCUGUGUUCAGGAUGCAUCCUGAUCCAGGAGAACCGCAACUCAGUGGGGGACAAGAGACAUCCAGUGGAGAGCCACGAUUACAACUCAGUGCCCAUAAAGCAGAGCAGGGUGUUUCUCAAGAGGGAGCUCUGCUAUGGCAAAAAGAGAUACCAUUUGAAGCCAGUUACUGUGGAUGUAGCUGUGGGCUGCACCUGUGCCAGAGUCAAGACCUCCUCCUCCUCCUAG